UUUUUCAUACUGUUUGUAGUACCUGCGUAUAGUAGGGGCCGUGUGAUAGUAAAAGCGGUUGGAAAGUGCAUUCAUACGGGAAAUCGUCGAUCUAAAAAGUUAAUCUCACGUUCUAUAUAGUUUACAAUCUUUUAUACAAUUGGCGUAUGAACGGAUUCGAGGUUUGAAAAUUGAAGCCAUUUUUCAGAUACUCGAGUACCUUUUGGUAGUAUUUACGUGUCAUUUAGUGAUCGUGAUGUUAUGUGUGCUACAUAGAAGUGAUAGAGACACGGACUUAUAUCUCAUACCAGACUCUAUUUCAACAUUAGUAUAAGGAAUUCAAUAUCACUUUGGGUCAAAGUUCCAAGUAUAUAUUCUAUUUCCUACGGAGUUCACAAUGACUUUGGAUUAUUGUGAUCCAUUUUCCACCUGCUAAUCGGAAGGCGAUGAAAAGAACCCAACAAACAUGGAUGGUGUGAAGAAAAUUCAUUCGGGAACACUAUACCGUAACGGACCGGUGGACGGCGCCUACGGUCAGCAGCACAGCCCCGUGUCGCGAUCGGACGCCUCCACCGAGGACGCGGAGCUGUCCGCUGCGCUUGCGCAUCAGCACCAUCUCGCUAUGCAGGCGGGCGAGUACCCAGUGGGCGGUGGCGUAGAGGCGGAGUACAGUCAAUAUGUGUCAUCACCCGCUGCGCAUUAUAAUCACAUGGGACACCUUACUAUGGCGCCCUCACAGAAGUACCCACACGUUAUGGAAGCAGUGUCAGUUGGCAGUGGCUAUGGUGUCAGUGGCGGCGCGAGUGCAGGCCACUACGGCACAUACGCGCAUUACGGCGCUGCCUAUCCCGCUCAGCCCUACCUCGUUGACCCCCAAAUGCCGGCUUACAUGACACAGGAGUACGUAGAAGGUGGUGGUAGUGCAUCGCCCCGAAGCGCGUCUCCGGGUGCCCUUCCUCCCCAGCACAAUUUACAUCUGCAACAAAGAUACGAUUCAUCGUCACUAGAGCAGUUAGGCCGCCAUUACUGUGUGACGUCACCGCGUGGCGAGUACGCAGCGGAUGCGUAUACGUACCAACAUUACCAGCCCGCUAUCGACCCUCAACAUCACACCGCGCAGCCAUUUAAGGAUUCACAAAACGGAUUAAGCUUAGGAAGCACUGGUGGACAGUCCUUGUAUGGAGACGAAGAGGAAUUACAGAAACAAAUGGCAAAUAUGGCUUUAGUUCAUGGCGGAGUGGGUCGUGAAGAGGGCGGAGGUCUGCAAUGGAGAGACCCCAAUUUGCCAGAGGUCAUCGGGUUCCUCAAUUCGCCGUCAGAUGUCGUUAAAGCUAAUGCCGCUGCCUACCUGCAACAUCUCACUUAUAUGGACGACCCGAAUAAACAGAAAACUAGGAGCUUAGGUGGAAUACCCCCCCUUGUGCGACUAGUGACACACGAGAAUCCCGAAGUAUCGCGAAACGCGUGUGGUGCGCUUCGUAAUCUCUCUUACGGGAGACAGAACGAUGAGAACAAAAGGGCCAUACGGGACGCAGGAGGAAUUCCUUCUCUUAUGGCUCUGCUGUGCAGGACUUCGGAUAUGGAGGUUAAAGAGUUAGUGACGGGCGUAAUUUGGAACAUGUCCUCGUGUGAAGAUCUAAAACAGUCUAUAAUAGAUGAUGCAGCUCAAGUUAUAUUUAAUAAGGUUAUCAUUCUGCAUUCUGGUUGGCAUCCCACGAACCCUGGUGAAACGUAUUGGUCUACUAUAUUCCGUAACGCGUCCGGUACGCUCCGUAACGCAUCGUCAGCGGGCGAGUACGCACGGCGACGACUGCGUUCGUUGCCCGGUCUCGCCGAAGCUCUGCUGCACACAGUGCGUACGGCCCUCAACGUCAAUGCCAUUGGUACUAAGGUGGUUGAAAACUGCGUAUGUGUGCUGCGAAAUUUGUCUUAUCGAUGUCAAGAAAUAGAAGACCCGUUGUACGACACUCGAGCGCCACCCACACAGAGUACGGGACAGGCACGGAUACAAGCUAGUGCUUCAAAAGUUUGUUUCAUCCUAGGAGAGAAUCUAGGCUGUUUCGGUGGUAGCAAGAAGAAGAAAGAGGGUUCUUCUUCGAACUCCACCAGCCCUUUGGGGAAGAACGAUGCGGAUUCACAGCCAUUGGAGACGGGAAACUCUUUGGGGUAUACUGUUCCUAAGGGUACAGAAAUGCUGUGGUCACCCGAGGUGGUUCCACUAUACAUGGCACUACUCCAGACGUGUUCUAACCCCGAAACUCUCGAAGCGGCGGCCGGCGCUUUACAGAACUUGGCAGCUUGUUACUGGCAACCGUCUAUUGACAUUAGGGCUGCGGUUAGAAAGGAGAAAGGUCUACCAAUCCUAGUAGAACUACUUCGUAUGGAAGUAGAUCGCGUUGUAUGCGCUGUUGCAACCGCACUGCGGAAUCUGGCUAUCGAUCAGAGGAAUAAGGAGUUGAUUGGGAAAUAUGCAAUGCGGGAUCUCGUGCAGAAGUUGCCUAGUGGCAACCAGCAACAUGAUCAGGGAACCUCCGACGACACGAUAGCAGCAGUGUUAGCGACCCUCAACGAGGUGAUAAAGAAGAGCGCUGAGUUCUCUCGUUCUCUUUUGGAAGCGGGUGGUGUUGAGCGGUUACUUAACCUCACUAAGCAGCGGCACAGACACACGCCUAGGGUGCUUAAGUUUGCGGGCCAAGUACUGAUGACAAUGUGGUCUCACGCGGAGUUACGUGAGGUAUACCGUAAACACGGUUGGCGUGAAGCCGAUUUCCUUACUCCGGCUCGGGCCGCUCAACCAACGAGGAAUUCCAGUACUAGCGGUCAAGGCACGCCGUCGUCUGGCACAGCGGGGGCGCCACAUUCGCCUAGCAAUGCUAACAGCACGCUCAGUCGGCCUAUGGCUUCCACGGGGGGCACACGUUACGAGGACCGCACGAUACGCAGGCAUCGAGAGAACGAGGAUAUGCCUCCAAUGGACGCGAAUAAUUAUGCAGAUGGACUAGGCAUGGGAAACCCUAACGGUCGGCCGAUGAAUCUUCAAGGUGUUCAGGCACAGAUGCCCCCUCCUAGCACACGUUGAGUUACCGAUGAAUGUUAAUGAUUUUCCACAGAGUAAAAAGCUUUUUAUGAUUUGGUAACUUGAGUCGAUCAAUUUCAUUUGAAUGUGCAUUUAACCCAGUUCGAGGUUUUAGGGUCUAUAAAAUAUGUUUUUUGAAGUACCUUCCAUAAAAACUAAAUCAGUUUUCUCUCUUUUAACUGAAGUACUCUUUGUCUCUUUCUUUCAAAGCGCGUACGUUGUGAGAGAAAGAGACAGAUGAUUUAAAUACGUUUUCAGUUGGACGGGUUAGUCUCACAAUUAUUGGAACACUCCAUACAGAAAGAAGAUUUUUGUGACGAACAUAUAACGUAUUUUAUAGGCCAUAAAACUUUUGGAAUAUCAAUUUUUUACAUUUUCAGACAAUAGCUAAACGAAAAGACAUUCAAUCGUAUUUGUGUAAUUUUAGUACUUUAUAGUACAUAUUGGUAACGCAUUUAUAUUCGCUAAACGUAAGAUAUAAGAUAUAAUCAUUAAUGGAUUACCAUUUACAGUGCAAAUGUUUAAUAAAUUUUUUAUAUGAAUUUUGUUCGGGAGUUUAGAUUCAGCUAUUUCAUGUCAAUUCCCCUGUAUAUAAUCGUGCCAUUAUUGACAUAAGGGGUUUAUAGGUGUUGUGUCUACUAUUCAUACGCAAUUUAUUGCAUAACGAAUCUAGUGAACGUUAGGAUUUUAACUAUUAAUAACGCUGAUAUUAAGCGAUAUUCAUAGUUGAAUCAGAAGUUUUUGUAACCAUUCCACAUUGUAUGUCUUUUUACCUGUCCGUUUGUAUAUUGUGUAAGUAUAUGGCGAUUUUGGUCGAUUGGAUUGUAAUUGGACAGUUAUUUAAAAAAAAUAUACUCCAUUCAGCGGUACAAGUAUUUUUACAGAUAUAAAAAAAAUUAUAAAAUCUUUUUAUUUUGAAGUCCGUUAAUAAACUUCACUGUAUUAGCUUAAUUAGCCGUUCAAUCAACAGCCUAGCCUCUUUACUAAACAGCGCCGUUUAACUAGCAGCCUGAUAUUAAAAGUGACAGAAAUAAAAUUGAUGAAACAUCUGACAUAAAAAUAUCUUUAUUUAAUAUAUUUUAAAAUUUAACAUGUUAUUUUUUUGUUGGAAAAUUUGUAGUUUGGAAAAUUUCGCCGCUAGGUUGUAGAAAGUGAAACUAACUAACAUCUAUACAAGUUAUUUCAUAUUUACUUAUAAAUUUGAUGAUAUGGCUGAAAUCGCUUGUUAAACGGCGCUGUUUAGUAAAGCGGCUAGGCUGUUGAUAAUUGAGCACGUUGGCUGCAACAUCAGUACAAUGUGAUAAAAUAUGAUGAAUAAAUAUUGGAAUGUGUAAAAAAUAUUAUUUUUGUCGUAGUCUAAGUGCGAGAAACUUGGCGCCAAUGCAUCCUGUACGUCAAAUUUGACACAUGUCAUACUAUGACUAUUGUAUGCGUUAAAAGAUGCUUGUACAACUGUUUUUAACACGAGAGUAAAUUCACAAUUGACCAAUUGCAUUCCUGUAUGACUUCAUUUUUAGCUGCUGAAAAUCAUUUGCAUGACAUUUUAGAUAUGUUUAGGAAAAAUAGCUCAAUAGUUCUACAGGCCUUAAGAAUCAUUAAAAUCGAUGAAAUUUCACUUAUUAUUUGUAAGAUAUCAUUAAGGAUUAAUUUCCCUCCGUCUAUAAGGUUAGUCUUAAAUUAUUUAUUACAAAUCAUUUUAUUCGGGACUGUAUAAUUAUAGCGGUGUAAUCAAGUUUUGGUUGAACUUUGCUAAUAGGGCCAAGCACAAGAGAGCAUUUAGAAGUGUCUAGUGUUGGUACAAAGUUUUAUUUAAGGGUAUGAGUUUUGUAAGAUAAUUUUAUUAAUACAAAUUGAUUGUACAAUAGUUGCUUGCCAGGGCAAAGUCGCUUCUAUGAAGCGUUCCUUCGUUCUCGUACACCUUUCAUAGAUGUUAUAUUGAAAUUCGUCAUCUGUGGUGUUAAAGUAUGCGAAAGAGGGGUUCAUAUAUGAACUGAUUCAAUAAUAUUUUGAAGUCUCGGGUACUUAUUUAAAACAAAAUUUCUAUAUAAAAUAAGCAGUGGUCAUAAAAUCCACUUACAAUAAAUAUUGAAACGUUUAUCAAUCGUUUACAGUCAAUUGCAGUUCUAUUUAAGUUCCCUGGUGAUGUGAAAGCUUCACAUAAAACACCCAAGCAAGGUGAAUUAUCGUGAACGAGUAUAAUGACAUGUCUAAAUCUUUCAAACGAAUGAUUUUAUUUCAUAGAAAAUGUAGGCGAAAGUGUAUUGUGUUAUUCAAUGUAAUGUGAAAUCUUUACCAUCUUCGCGUAAUAUACGUUAUCUCUUGUAAAUUUUAUUUCUUUUACGGUAGCGAGAUGGGGCUUAUGUAACUUAAAUUUUAUAUAAAAUUUUCUACUUAACAAGUAUUAAGCCCUCUUCUCCGUUAGAUCUCUAAAUAUAAGCCUAGUACGAGUUUAUAGUCAACGAUGUGCGUGUAGUAUUAAUUUACUUACAUUAAUUACCUAUAUUUAAUGGUUAACAUUGAACGCUGCAGUGAUUGUCGUAUUGUAAACUCGCACUAAGCUGGUAAUGCCCAAUGUUAGGGUAUGUAACUUAGAGUUACAUAACAUUAUUAUACCGAUGUCUAUGGUAUGUGAUAACCACAGAUUAAACAGUUGUUGCAACAGUAAUACUCGAUUAUUUAUAUUUUAUUUUACAUAUGAAAAUUAUUUAACAAAUGUAUUUCAUUUGUCGUUGCGACAGUAGUAUUAAUAAUAGUUUCUUAUGUCAUGUUGUAUGUAGUUUAAUAGUAAAUAAUCGUGCAUAAAGAAAUUAUAUUC